GCCGGCAGAUAGCUGGCUCAGCCGCCUCCCGGCGCGGGCACGCUUCAACGACGCCACAGGCUGCGCCGCUCGCGCUGCCGAAAAAGAUCCAAGCCGCGGCGGCGGCCGGCAAGGUGGGCGUGGUGCAGACGUGGCUCGCCGGGGACGGGUGGGUUGACGCGACGUGCGUGUAUCGCGGUGUGAGUGGCUGUACGCUCCUGCUGAUCGCCGCCAGCAACGGUCACAAGCAGCUGGUCGAACUUCUGCUCAAGGGCGGCGCGAAGGUGGACGCACAAAACAGUAUCGGCAUUACGGCGCUGAUUGCCGCCGCCGACCACGGCCACGUGCAGGUGGUCGAGAAGCUGCUGCGGCACGGCGCGGAGAUCAACCUGCAGAGCAGCGGCGGCAGCACCGCGCUGAUGCUCGCUGCUUACCAAGGCCACGAGCGCGUGGUCGACUUGCUUCUGCGACACGGCGCAGAGGUCAACCUUCAAGCCAGCGACGGCUACGCUGCGCUCGCGGGCGCCGCCUUCAAUGGCCACCCUGCCGUCGUGCUCCAGCUUCUGCGGGCGGGCGCAGACAUGGCGCUGCGCACUGCGGCGGGCAGGACGGCGCUGCAGAUCGCCAAGGAGAAGGGUCACACCGAGUGCGUCGCCGCUGUCAAGACAGUUCUCGGCGAGGUGGCGGCAGAGAGGCGCGACGCGGCGGCGGUCGAGGCGGGCGGCGCGGGGGCAGGCAGCGCUUCGGGCGGCGAGGGCGGCAGCAGCGGGCCGGUUCCCGAGGAGAUCGGCGAGGCGGGCGGCGCAGGGGCGGACGGCGAUGCCGCCUCGGGCAAGGGGGCAGCGGCGGCACCAACCAACAAGCCGCCCCCGGACUCGUUUGACGAGGAGGACCAGCCCCUCUCGCAGAGAAAGCAAACUGCCGCGUCCUCUUCUGGCGGCGUGGAGAGCGGAACGGGCGAGGACGCCGUCCCCGAGGAGAUCGCGGAGGCGGCUAGGCAAGGCGAAGAGGCGGCGUUGCUGGCGUGGCUCGACGGCGGCGGGCGGGUGGACGCGAAUUUCACUCUUAGAGGGUGUGAGCGCUGUACGUUGCUGAUGACAGCCGCCCGCCAAGGCCACGAGCGGGUGGUCGAGCUGUUGCUGCAGCGCGGUGCUGAGGUCAACGUGGUGGACAGCCUCGGCGGCACUGCCAUGAUGUACGCCGCCCACCAAGGCCGCGAGCGGGUGGUCAAGCUGCUGCUGCGGCACGGGGCGGAGAUCAACCUGCAGGACAGCUACGGCGUCACCACGCUCACGAGCGGGUGGCCGAGCUGCUGCUGCAGCAUGGGGCGGAGAUCAACCAGCAGAACAAUACCGGCCUCACUGCGCUAAUGCUCGCCGCCUACCAGAACCACCCCGCCGUCGUGCUCUGCUUGCUGCGUGCGGGCGCCGACACGGAAAUUCGACUCGGCGUGGCGGCUGGCUGCACAGCGCUGCAGCUUGCCAAGGAGGCGGGCAGCGCCGAGUGCGUGCGCGCCUUCGAGGAGCAUGCGGCGGCCAAGGCGGCGGCCGAGGCGGUGGCGAAGGAGGCGGCGAGGGCUGCGGAGGCGGCGAAGAGGGCGGCGGAGAGGGCGGCGGAGAGGGCGGUGGCGGAGGCGGAGGCGGCGCGGCAUGCCGAGGAGCUGCUGGCGGAGGAGGAGGCGGAGAAGCGCGGCAAGGGCAAGAAGGGCAAGAAGAAGAAGAAGGGCGGCGGGAGCGGCGGCGCUGGGCCGUCGCAGGAGCCCGAGGCGCCGGCGGAGGGUGCAGAGGCACGAUCAGAGGGUGUCGAGGUGCUGUCAAAGGCAGCCGCAGCCGAGGCCGCAAAGAAGGCCGAGGAGGCGAGAUUGAUCAGGCUUCUCGAAAGUUGUCACGAGGAGAGGAUCCGGCUCGGCAUCACGGCGGAGAGCCAGGCAGCGGCUUUAGCUGAGAUGGUCGAGGCGGAGCGCUUGGCCGAGGAGGCGGAGGAAGAGGAGGAGGAGGCAGAGGCGGAGGAGGAGGAAGCCGCGGCCGAGGAGGAAGCCGCGGCCGCGGCACUUGCGGCAGCUGAGGCGGCCACGGCGGCAGCUGAGGCGGCGAUGGCCGCCGCAAAGGCGAGGCGCGCGGCCGCUGCGAGGGCCAAGGCGGCCGCUGCAAGGAAGGCGGCGGCCGCGGCGGCCCAGCGCUCAUAGAGAGCCGCUGAGAGCAGGACACGACGCGCGCAUCUUGUAAUGUAACUGUAGAAAGAUGUACCGGUAGGUUUGGGGCAGAGCGAGUGGGAGAACUUUUCGGCGGUCGUGGAGGUCGUGGAAAGGUCGUGGAGUGGCGAGUCACGCUCGGGCGGACAGCAUCGAUGCCGUCGCCGGACGCGGCGGCGAGGCACACGGGCGCCGGCGUGGCGCGUCGGCAGGCCCACCACGAGCGGAUGCGCGACGAGCGCGCUCGGGAAGCGGCCGCGGGCGACGCGGAGCUUCCGCCGGAGGACGACGCGGUCGAGAUGGCGAGCGCCGUCCACGUGCUGGACAGCGUGGCGGAGGUGGGCCCGAACUACACCCUGCUGCGCAGCAAGGAGACGAAGGCGAAGCGGCGGAAGCGAAAGCGCGAGGAUGCCAGGGCGGCGCUCGACGGCCACACUGUCCUGCCCACCGGAUCGCGCCUCGAGAUCUUCUGCGACAGUGAGCGGUGGUACCCUGCGACCGUCAUGGCGCGGGAGGAGGACGGGGACGGACGGAUCGUGCACGAGGUCGAGUACGACGGCUAAUCGGGUCGGCGGUGGUGGCACAUGCUGGACGACGUACAAAUCCACUCUCUCUCCAUUUCAACAACAAAAAAACGGGGACAGUCAACAAUACUGUAAUAUCGAGCGGACUC